GCGGCCCUGGUACGCACAAUGGCCCGAGCGGGCGGCGGAGCUGGAGCCCCACCCAGUGCGGAGCGCGCCGCGGGCCGCGCCGGAGGCUGAGCGCCUCGCCCGUCGAGCGCGCCGGCGCCGGGCCAUGUACUCGGGAAACCGUAGCGGCGGCCAGGGCCACUGGGAGGGCGGCGGGGCCGCGGGCGCCGAGGGGCCGGGACCGGCGGGGCCGCUCAGCCCCGCGCCUCUCUUCAGCCCGGGCGCGUACGAGCGCCUGGCGCUGCUGCUCGGCUCCAUCGGGCUGCUGGGCGUCGGCAACAACCUGCUGGUGCUCGUCCUCUACUACAAGUUCCAGCGGCUCCGCACUCCCACCCACCUCUUGCUGGUCAACAUCAGCCUCAGUGACCUGCUGGUUUCCCUCUUCGGGGUCACCUUUACCUUCGUGUCCUGCCUGAGGAACGGCUGGGUCUGGGACGCCGUGGGCUGCGUGUGGGACGGGUUUAGCAGCAGCCUCUUCGGGAUUGUUUCCAUUACUACCCUAACUGUGCUGGCCUAUGAACGUUAUAUUCGUGUGGUCCAUGCCAGAGUGAUCAAUUUUUCCUGGGCCUGGAGGGCCAUUACCUACAUCUGGCUGUACUCACUGGCAUGGUCAGGAGCACCUCUGCUGGGCUGGAACAGGUACAUCCUGGACAUACAUGGACUAGGAUGCUCUGUGGACUGGAAAUCCAAGGACGCCAACAACUCCUCCUUUGUGCUUUUCUUAUUUCUUGGCUGUCUGGUGGUGCCUCUGGGCGUCAUAGCCCAUUGCUAUGGCCAUAUUCUGUAUUCCAUUCGAAUGCUUCGUUGUGUUGAAGAUCUUCAGACAAUUCAAGUGAUUAAGAUUUUAAGAUAUGAAAAGAAAGUGGCAAAAAUGUGCUUUUUAAUGAUAUUUAUCUUCCUUAUCUUUUGGAUGCCUUAUAUCGUGAUCUGUUUCUUGGUGGUUAAUGGUUAUGGACACCUGGUCACUCCAACAGUAUCUAUUGUUUCAUAUCUCUUUGCUAAAUCAAGCACUGUAUAUAAUCCGAUUAUUUAUAUCAUCAUGAUCAGAAAGUUCCGAAGAUCUCUUUUGCAACUGCUAUGUUUCCGACUGCUGAGAUGUCAGAGGCCUGCUAAGGACCUACCAGCCAAUGGGAGUGAAAUGCAGAUCAGACCCAUUGUGAUGUCACAAAAAGAUGGGGACAGACCAAAGAAAAAAGUGACUUUUAAUUCUUCUUCCAUUAUUUUUAUCAUCACCAGUGAUGAAUCACUAUCAGUCGAUGACAGUGACAAAACCAGUGUGCCAAAGGUUGAUGUAAUCCAAGUUCGUCCUUUAUAGGAAGGAAUAAUGGUAAUGAAAGAUGAGGCCUCCUACUGGAAACCACUUCUAGACUUCCAUUUUAAGGACUGUUUUGGAAUCCCCAUUCUAUGUAAUAUUUUGGGGGAGGAAAAACUUUCUUCUGCCCUAAAAGUUUCUUCUGCCUGGUGUAGGAAUAAAAUUGACAUGAGACAGAUUAACAGGAGAAAAAAAACCCAAAAGUUUAAUUCUGUGUGCGCGGAGUCCCAAUAAUAAAAUUGAGACCCAAAGAAAUGAGCAAGACAUGUAGCUUUUACACAUUUUAGACAAAGAGACAUAAAUCUAUAAGGAAUUGACAGGACAGGAAAAUUCAUGUUUGGGAACUUCGAUCAGUAAAGAAUUCUAAACGGGAUUUGGGCUGGGUAGUAAUUUAGUAAAAGUAAGGUUUAUUUAUGUAGGUUUUUUCAGCCCUCAAUUCUCUCUCUCUGAUGAUACAGAUGUCUCUCUACCCCCUGCUUUAGGAAGGUACUUGUCACACAAGAGAUUUCCUGCUUUCAGGGGGACAAAGGAAGGUCAGACUGUCUUUUUUGCACUUGCUGUUUCUUAAGGAAGUUUAAUUCAAAAUUGUGGCAUAUUUUGGGGCAGCCUGCCCUGGGCUCCCACAAUAUCAACAGAACUUUUGUGGCUCAGCAGGAAAUCUGAAUUGCCCGUAUGCUUUCUAGUCUCUGGAAGCAACUGAGCAAGACAAUUGUUUUAAUUCAAUGGGUGCUUUCCAUAACGAAAAACCACUUAUGGCACAAGAUGGGCAUCUGGCACCAUCAACUUCUAACAUGUUGAAAAUUUUCAUUUUGAAUAUAUUUUUUUAAAUGACACUAUUUUCCAAGGCACAUAAUACAGUUUUCUCAAAAAUACUUAGCUGUAUUCACAGCUCAAAAAUAGCUGUAAAAAUAACUUUGUAUCAUACAUGUGUGAAAUCACUAGGAAAUCUCAAAUUUUCUGUAGUGUUGGAUCCUAAUCACAGUCACAUCCUCUUUUUGACCAAUCAAAUUUAUCAAAGAGACAAUUCCAGGGUGAAAAAGAAAAUCAGCACCUUGGCUUCCUCUGAAAAAAAAAAAAGACUUGCUGUAUGCAAUAUGAUAUAGAGGAGCUUCAAGAUGAAUAAGCAAGGUGUUAUCCCUCAAGCACAUGCUCUGAGGUUAGUAAAUAAAUCUUCCCCCAUUUCCUAGGCAUUUUUCAAACUCUUGCUUCUAUACUAUAUUGUAUAGUAUAUAAGCAAUGCUGCUAAGCAAGCUCCAGAAGGAAUAUUAAAAAGCAACCCAGGAAAGAAAAGGUGGUGAAUUUCAAAGUAAUCAUGGAGGCUAGGGAAUCAUACAUUAGCAGGGGAUGUACAUGGAAAGGAUGUGUUGAUGGCCGAUAAGUAUUUCCAUGUUUCAUUUCAAACAUAACUCGGCAAGACUAUCUUCUCUUCUUGACAAUUUGCCACAAUUUUGCCAAGAGUUUUGGGUUUAGAAAAGGAGUUCCAAGCAAAAAAUUAAACAAACCUACAUUUGAAGGGGAUGAAAGUAAGUGUAAAACUGUACUCGUAAAAUGUAUUAUUUAAUCCUUUUUGCUCUUCAGUCAGUCUACUGGCUAAUCAAUGGUCAGUGUUAGUGAAGAUGCCAUUUUCCCAUGAGUCAUUGUUUAGACUACACACAGCUCAUUAGAACUCAAGGAUUUCUUUAACUAUAUAAAAAAGAAACUUUAAUUUAAUUUUAUUGCUUAGUUUUUAUUUCUUAGAUGACUGUCCUACUGGUGUAGCAUCUUCAUGAUUAAUCAUGUUUGAAAGACUUCGGAGUGUUUCAGUUGCUCAACUGAAGAAGGAAGAACCAAAGAAAAUGUUUUCACUAAAAGAACUUUUCAAAAUCAAGUUUAUCGCUGGUUAGUAAACUGCUUCUUGAGAAUCUCAAAUGGAAUAAUUUCUAUAAAAACUGUCUUCCCUUAUUUCCUUUCCACUCUGUUGUAUAUAUCGAUGUUUAAUUUGUAAAUAAAACUCUUAUUCUUCACUUAGUAUGGCAUUAAUAGCCCCCCCUUUUUUUAAUCUUCAAAAGGUAAUACUGGCCUUUGAAGACUGUGAAAUAAAAUUAGUUCAUUUUGUAACUCUCUAGAGUGCCCCAAAUCCCUCAUUUAUACUUCCAGUUUUAGUAAGUGAAGCUGAGCUCUAUGCUGGAUAAGUUCCAUCCACGUGAUCAAAACUGUACUUAACAUGUUAGGCAAAUCAUAGUUUCUAGUCCUGGGUGUUAGGAGUCAGUCCUAUUGUGACCUUAACUACGUCCUUGAAAGAGAAGAUGAGAUCAAUGUCUUCCUUGAGGCCUCUGGUGCUUUACUUUUUGAGAAGUGAAAGAGAUCUUCAUCAUUGCAUUUUUAUAUUUAGAAUGACCACAUCUAUGUGUAGUGUUGUGGGAAAGCUGUGUUUUGCAAUUUAAACUGUAGUUUGGGGUUGGUUCCCCCCCCCAAUAAUCACAGUGAACACACAGAGAAAUUCUAUACUGAAUUUAAUUGUAAGCUGACAUAUAUUUUUCACUAGUGAAUUAAAGAUGAUGAUAGAAACAUGGUUUUGAUCCUUAGUUUUAGUUAAAAAGAAAUCCAUUUGCCACUUCAGAAUCUUUAUAUCACCUGCUAAUGAUAUCGGGAUUUUUUUCUAGUGACUCCAUAGAGUUUGCAGGGAAACAUGUCCUGUUAUCUGGAAGGAAGUGAGCCAGUCCCAUGGUCUUCUGAAGUAGUGCAGGGGUCUCAGUGACAUGGAGCUCAUAAAUAGGUAGGUACUACCAAUGGCUAUCAGUGCCCCAAAGAAAAAGAGUCCUUUGUUUAUCACCUGUAAAAACAGCAAGAAGUCUCAUUUUAUUUGUCCAGAGAUAAAGAUCUUAAAAGACUUCAUUCUUAAACAACCAAGGAGUAUACAAUGUCUUCUUUGUUCUUUAACCUAAAACAGCAAUUUAAUUGCAUGAUCACUAGGUCAAGACCUACAGUGGUUGGUAAGGUCAGGAAUUUGGAGCUUCCUUCCUCUGUCUCUGUCCUCUCUCCCUUCCCAGAAAUAAUUGAAUCCAUUGUUCUGUAUAAUGAAUUCUUAGCAGUCUGCCUUUGUAUAGCCAUAAACACACACACAGUUUAUAAAAAGAGUUAUAGUGCUAUCUUAGAAGAGUACUGUGACGAAGCCACAAAUGAUUCAGUCACUGCUCAGACCCUGCACAGAGUCUCCAUGAGAAGAGUGAUUGGCUUGGUGGCAUUAAGUGUCCUGCAUUCUCACUGCCUGUCACUGUCUUUCCCCUAUUAGACUUUUAGUUCCUUGAGGGCCAGGGUCCUAUUUUUUUCAUCUUUGUAGGCAUAAAUCUAGAUUCCUUCCAAUCCAGUCUCCACACAGCAAAGCAUUCUUUCUUUUUUUUUUUUUUUAAGAUUUUUUUUUAUUUAUUCAUUUGAGACACAGAGAUACAGAGAGAAAGAGAGAGUGCAUGCACAGGUGGAGAGGCAGAGGGAGAGGGAGAGGGAGAAGCAGGCUCCCCGCCGAGCCAGGAGCUGGAUGUGGGGCUCGAUCCCAGCAUCCUGGGAUCAUGACCUGAGCCUAAGGCAGACGCUUAACCAUCUGAGCCACCCAGGUGCCCCCAAAGCAUUCUUUCUAAAGUCCACACCUGAGUCUAUUAGUCUCCAUUGGUCUCCUUGCUUCCCUCGACAUAAUAUUCAAAAUGCUUGAGGUCCUUCUUGCCAUUCCAGCUGCACCUCCGGCCAUUCUCACACAUCAGGGCUGCCUUCCAGGCCCACUGAGCCCCACCCACCCCGGCCCCUUCCUUUCUCCUCCAAGGCAGUUGUGCCCCUCCACGGAAGCUGUCAGCCUGCCCCACCAGCCUCUGAGCUACAGGAGGAGAGGGGCUGCUGCUUAUUCAUCACCAUGCCCAGCUCAGUGUCUAGACAUUGAAUAAAAUGAUUUGCUGAAUGAAUAAACUUGUUAGGUUUUCAAAGUCAAAGAUCAGGAAUCUGAAUGUCUAUUUACUGGCAUCUCUGGGUCAGCUGCUUAAAAUGAACAUGUUAUGGCAUUAAAUUGGAAUUAGAUUAUGUUUUAUAAGUGAUUCAAUUCUGUCCAGUUUUACAAAUUAUACCCAUAAAGAUAUUGCAUGGAGCAAAAUUCAGUUGCUAAAUAAAAGUAAAAAAAUCACAUUGCUAAAAUAAAGUAAAACAUUUAGAAAUACUAGCAUCAGGGGCGCCUGGGUGGUUCAGUUGGUUAAGCGUCUGAUUUUUUAUUUUGACUCAGGUCAUGGUCUCAGGGUUGUGGGAUCAAGCCCCACGUCAGGCUCUGAGCUCAGCGUGGAGUCUGCUUGUCCCUCUCCCUCUAUUCCUUCCCCCACUUGUGCUCGCACUUUCUCUCUCUAAAUAAAUAAAAUCUUAAAAAAAAUAAAUAAUAGCAUCAGUUUCUUUUUUGAAUUUCUUCCCUUCAGAAGCACUCUCUCUCUCUCCCCCUCUUGCUUGCUCUCUCUUCCUUUCUCCCUUUUUGUAAUUUUGUUCAUUAGGCACUUUACCCUCUGUGUACCAGGACAGUUUUUAUUUGGAAGCAAACAUUUGGUGUCUAUCACAUCGAUUCUGAAUCUGCCUGAAGAACCAUAACCAUAACACUAUGAACUUCGAUUUGUUCUGACCUUCUUCUGCCAGUGCCAGUGCAACACUGCCUCAUGGUAUCUUAUUCUGGAAAAGGUGACCUGUAAGGACAUUUAAAAAGUAUUCUUGUGAUUCUUUAAUGGCUGAACAGAAGAAUAAAAUGAGGAGGUGUCUUAAAUCCAGACCUUACCAUGGUAUAGAGGGGGACAAAGGUAGAUGGCAUAAGAGCAUGAAGAAAUCUUUCCAUGUUCUUUUGGAAGAUGAACCACCUCGAGUUGACAUGUGCUCUCAUCUGCAAUAAUGUAAGAGUCUUAAAGAACACCUCCAAUGAAUAACGUUUAUUUCUUUUCUACAACAUAUUCCUAUUCACUGCAAAGCUGGACACAGUGUAGUCAAAUUCUUAUUUCCUUAACAGUCAUUUCCAAUCCCUUUUAGUAAAAGUAUAAAUCAUUACCUUGAAAAGGUUGAGCAACUGCUUUAAACCUGUUAGAGAACUCUAUUUUGCUCAUGGGGCAAUACGGGAACUCCAUUUCAGUGAAAGGUUUGUUCAACCAGAUCUGGGGAUAGUCUGUGGGACCAAAGAUUUGACUAAUUGCCAUUGUUUCCUGUCUGGUUUGGAAUCUUCAUGGCAAGAAGGGAUCUUUGAAGCUGUGUCUGUCUUGACUUACUCCAUACUGAGAACAAAUACUGUGUUAUAGCUGUCUUGUUUUUAAAGACACAUGCAAGUUACAUCAGCGAAGACUUUCAGUAUCCUAUAGAACUUCCUUCACCACAUAUGAAACAAUUCUGCUCACACUGAAAUCCACUUUAUCUUUUUUGUCUAGUUUUUUUUAUUUUUUUUUGUCUUUUCUUUAAAUUUAUCUUGUAGGAUUUUUCAUUUGAUCAUUUAAAAAGUUUAAUCGUAACUAUUUGUUGUGAAUUUUUCAUGUGACUGACUCAAAAUGUAAUUGUGUUUUUCUUCUAAGUAUUAAUCCUCUGACCAUGAAUUUAUUUGGUAUAUACAUAUUUUUUUUCGGUGCAUAAGGCCUCAAUGGAUAUUAUAAAGCUACUCCAAAUUUGUAGCUUAUAAUGUUAACAGUGUUAAGGUCAUUUAAUGUUUCUUAAAUCUUCCAAAUAUGUUAAUACAUAUCAAAAUUAUAUUUUCCUUAAAAUAAAAUAUUACUAG